CUUUCCUCCCACCCAAACACUUCCCUUUUUCUCUCUCUACAAACUCAUUUUCUCUCACUUCAUUGCUUUCUCUCCAUUUUUCAUUCAUAAUAACAAUGGAGAAUUCCACCGACAAGAGAAAGCGAGUUCAUGAUGAGUCAAAUACCGAUUCCGAAACUCAUUGUGUUGAUUCGGUUGAAACUAAGAUUCGUAAGGUUAACUCUGUUUCUGAUGUUAACUCGUCCGAGUUGGAGUCUCAGCUUACACGAGUUGACUCAGGUUCUGAUGUUAACUCGGUUUUUGACUCGGAUGUUCAACUUCAAGAUGAGAUUUUUCAUAUACUUGAUGAUGCUGAUAAUGUUCCUGAACAAACUGAGCGUGACUCGGUUGUGAUGGGUCUUGACUCAGUUAUCAAAAGCUUUGAAGAAGAGAUUUUUUCACCCGGGGUUGAACCGGGUCUAACCGAGCCGGUUCAUGUUACCGGUUCAGUUGAGCUGGGUUACCUUUUUGAGGCCUCUGAUGAUGAACUUGGUUUGCCACCAACUGUGGUUUCAGGUGAUGAACCGGGUCGGGUUGAACCGGAAAAGGUGGACCUGACCGGGUUUGCUGGGUUUGAUGAUGAUUUUUCCGGUUUUGAUGGGUUUGGUUUUGAAACCGGGUUGUUGUCGGAGUGUGAUGGUAACAACGGUGGUGCCGGAGGUUUUGUGACAGGGGAUGGGUUGUUUGAAUAUGGUGAACCGGUGUCGGAUGUUUUGUGGCGGUCGGAGUCAUUACAAGCUAUGUAGGUGGUGGCGUUGAGAUUUUGGGGUGGAAAAUGUAAAUCUGAGAAAAUGUUGGGGUUAAUUUUAGAAGGAGGAAAAAAAGGAAGGAUAGAAAAUGUAGGUGAUAGAUGUGAAAAGUUUGUAGGAUUAAGAAGAUUUGUUAAUGGUUCUUUUGUUAAAUUAAUUGAGAAACAAAUUGGUCCCUGAUUAUGUCA